GUGUGGUGCUCUCUCUCUCUCUCUCUCUCUAGACAGAGCUGAGGUGAAAGGGUCAGGAUGGCUUCAGCCUGUGCUGAGAUGUGUGGGUCAGACUACGCUGAACAGACGCAGCACGACCAGAGGUACGGCGUCAGAUCAUACCUCCACCAGUUCUACGAGGAGUGUACUGCCUCCAUCUGGGAACGCGACGAAGAUUUUCAGAUUCAGAGAUCGCCUAGUCGGUGGAGCUCUGUCCUCUGGAAGGUCUGUCUAGCGUUAGGAACCCUGAUUCUGGUGACAGGCCUCAUUGUCCUACUGGUGGGCUACGCCACCCCAACUAAGAUCGAAGCGUUCGGGGAAGACGAGCUCCUCUUCGUGGACAGCCACGCCGUCCUCUUCAACCGAGCCUUGGACGUGUGCAAGCUGACGGGCGCCGUUCUGUUCUGCGUGGGCGGCGGCCUGAUGGCCGUAGGUCUCCUCCUCUCGGCCUUCUCUAAGAGCUACUCCAAGGAGGAGCUGUACCUGCAGCAGAAGUUUAAGGAGAGGCUGGUUGAUAUCCAGAAUACGGUCCAUCCUGUCACCAGAGCCCCUACUCCGGGGGAGAGUAAGAUCCCCGUCACCCUGUCUAAAGUGCAAAGUGUCCAGCCCAACUCAGAGACAUAACAGUUGUCAAUGUAGUAGUGAGAGGUAGAUUUUCAGUGGUGUUCAUGUGUCCCUGUUCCUAACCCUUCUAAAGGUCAGCUUAUGUCAUCUUAGUACUACUCCUUACAAACCCUGUGUUUCCAGCACUUACACUCAGGGCUGCAGGAGGAAUCACACAGCUCCUUCCAUGUGAUGCUGUGUAAUUAAGGCUGCAGGAGGAAUCACACAGCUCCUUCCAUGUGAUGCUGUGUAAUUAAGGCUGCAGGAGGAAUCACACAGCUCCUUUCAUGUAAAUCUACUGACUGGGUUACAAUCAUGUACCUAGACCAAGAAACUAACAGACUCACUGUAUAGAGCAGUGGGUCUCACCCUGGGGUACUUAUCCUAUCCACAGGGGGUACUUAUCCUAUCCACAGGGGGUACUUAUCCUAUCCACAUGGGGUACUUAUCCUAUCCACAUGGGGUACUUAUCCUAUCCACAGGGGGUACUUAUCCUAUCCACAUGGGGUACUUAUCCUAUCCACAUGGGGUACUUAUCCUAUCCACAGGGGAACUUAUCCUAUCCACAUGGGGAACUUAUCCUAUUCACAUGGGGUACUUAUCCUAUCCACAUGGGGAACUUAUCCUAUCCACAGGGGGAACUUAUCCUAUCCACAUGGGGUACUUAUCCUAUCCACAUGGGGUACUUAUCCUAUCCACAUGGGGAACUUAUCCU